AUGCUGAAUUUCAGACCUUAUGGGUCUCACGAAGCCAGAGUCAUAAGCGAUCUUUCUCGUUUUGACUAUGAGUCGAUUUCAGCCAGAAAUAGAUCUAGAAAUCCCACCCCUACUUCAAUAGAUGACGAAAAGUCCAGUGUUCUAACAUUGGAUACAAUUAUUCCUUUAUAUUCCUCAAGAAUCAACAAGGAGCCCUACCAUCCUCCGAAGACACUUCUUGAGAUAGCUGAAAAUCUGUCGCCUCUACCAAAAGCCAGACCUCCCCCGUUACCAGAAAAGGAUGGCAACCUACUUAGAUCUCAAUCAGCCAAAGAGUUUGCACCAUAUCCUGAAUCGGUUUAUGAUGAAUCUCUUCCCCCAAUGAUGGAAACGAGCCAAUUUGUGGAAGUGCCCAAAACUUCACAAGAAUCAGUAUCGUUAGAGACUCUCAACUCCAAACAGAAAGCGCUAGAAGAAGAUUUGGUACGAAGAGUGAUGAACAGGCCCUUAUUCACAAUAUCAGGCAGAGACCUUGGAGUACCCAAAUAUGAGGAUAAAUCAUACACAAUAUCUGCCAACUCCUUCAUCUAUCUUUUUGAAAUCAUUAUUGACAUAAUCAUAAUUGUGCUAAGUUCAGUUCUAGUGAACAAAGAUAGAAAUGUAGGCGUCGGCAUAUACAGAUAUUUCAUUGCCGAUGGGUCAAUUUCGCUAAUAAUCUCACUUCUAUUUAUUUCCACAAUCAUCAACUUCGAGAAGAGAAACGGAAGUUUCUACUGUCUCGCGGCUACUAUCUUGAAGCUUGUUUCUUUCAUCAUGGUGGUUUCGCAUUUGCUUCCCAAAGGCAACUGUAAAACAAGAGAUAUUUGUGACACAAGAAAGGCCACUUCUGCAUUCAUCAUUAUAUCCACAUUUAUAUGGAUCGGCAACUUGGUGAUGUUUUUGACUACACUCUACAUUUCUAGACUAAACUUGUUGAACGAUAUCAACUUUGAUUUCAGCAACCAGGGAUUAAACAAAAAAUACAACAUGUCUCAAGACACCUUACAUGAACAGGGUUCCCCUAAUAACCACACAGAUAAGCCCUUGAAAGAAUACUAUCUAACAGAGUCUGGCGAAAUGUAUGAGAUCACCGACGAAUGGCAGAGAUUGAAUCACCAGGGAAAAAAUAAAAUCUUAGUGUAUACAUUUUGA